CGCUAAGAAUGAAUCAAUGCCCUGGAAUCAAUCGUCAAUAUCAAUAAACGAAGAAUUAUACCUUCUAAAGUUUUUUUUUUGUUGUCGAAUAAUUAAAAAGUUCACUUGAUGUGAAAGUGUAUUUCAUCAGCUCAUUUGUUUCGACACAUGAGCUCGUAUACUAUUAUUGUCUGCUUUUUAGACACCCCCGAUAGCCCUCUAUUUGCUUACCUUGCUUCCACUACGUUUCCACUUUCCACGUGGGAGACAUUUGGCGCGCGGCGCGAAUACUGAGAGGUGGGGACGCACGGCGCGAGGAGGAGAAGCUUUUUUCAAUAAAAAGGAUUCUUUCGUUGGAUGUAAGCAAUGGAGUGCGCGUCAAGAAGGCUGAAGAUGAAGAACAAAAGCAGAUGUUCGCCUUGGGUGUCAUCAGCAAUUGUAUGUCUUUGAUUUGCCACCGCAGCAUAACAACCAGGAAGCAUUCACUGGAUGAAGAAGGGCCAGGACAAUAUUAAAAGGCGGCGCUUGGGACUACGUGGGACCACUGAGGACUGAGGAGAGCGUAGCCGAGGAACACCGAGGAUUACCUGGGACCGACAGACGACACCUGGGACCGCCGAACACUACCCGGGGAGCCAUGCUGCUGCUAGUGGAGGCGUUCUACGCGGGCUCUCACCGGCAGCUGAUCACCACACUGAUGGACGGUCUACGGCUCGAUGAGACCAACUGUCGGCUGGUGACCAUGUCGGGUCGGAAGUGGCACUGGCGCGCGCGGACCUCGGCGCUGCACCUGGCCCAGCAUAUUCCCCGCGAGACCUACAGCGUACUGUUCACCUCGUCGGUGACUCCUCUGGCCGAGCUGUGCGGCCUCCGACCGGACCUGGCCGCCGUGCGAAAGGUGCUCUACUUCCACGAGAACCAGCUGGUGUACCCAGUGAGAAAGGCAGCCGACACCGACUUCCAGUACGGCUACAACCAGAUCACUGCCUGCCUGGUCGCAGACGAGGUGGUGUUCAACUCUCUGUACAACAUGGAGUCGUUCCUGAACAACAUAGACCACUUCAUGAAGACCCAGCCGGACUACCGUCCCAGGGGACUGGCUGAACAGAUACGGGUGAAGUGCCGGGUGCUGUACUUCCCGCUGUGUGUUCCGGAGACUGUCCUGGCGCCGCGAGAAGAAGGGUCCGAGACAGGCCAGGACCGGGAGGGCGACGGAGACCGGGACCGGAGCCAGGACAGGGAGAGCGGCGGGGACCAGGACCAGGAGAGCACCGAGGACCGGGACGGGGACCAGGAGAGUGCUGAAGACCAGAACCACAGCUCAGAGUCGGAGCGACCGCUCCACAUUCUGUGGCCGCACAGAUGGGAGCAUGACAAGAACCCGUCGCUGUUUUUCGACACGCUGUCACGGCUACACGAGGAGGGGGUGCCGUUUCGACUGUCAGUGUUGGGAGAGCGGUGUCGGGAGGUACCGGACGUGUUCGAGCGAGCACGGACCCAACUGGAGGACCGUAUCGAGCACUGGGGCUACCUGCCCUCCAGGGAGGACUACUGGCGCGUGCUGGGAGCGGCUGACGUGGUCGUCUCCACCGCCGAUCACGAGUUCUUCGGCGUCGCCGUCCUGGAGGCGGUGUGGUGCGGCUGUCUGCCGCUCUGCGUGGACCGGCUCGUCUACCCGGAGUGGUUCGAGCGUCGCCUGCUGUUCCGCACCCCAGCCCAGCUGCUGAAGCGGCUGAGACAGCUGUGCCGGCGGCCAGGGACGGCUCGCACGGAGCGGCGCCAACUCCGACCGGACCUGGAGCGGUUCGGGUGGCCGGCGCUGAGAGAGCGGUACCGCGAACUGCUCGGCCUGCCGCCCGAACGGGACGGGGAAGAGAACCGUGAGGGAUACGGACACAGGGAAUGUGGUGGUGGCAGCGACAGUGGUGGAAACAUGGGAGGAGACAGGGACAGUGAAAAAGAUGUGGACAGAGAGCCAGGCGAAGGAGCGGGCGGUAAUAGAGACGGUUGUGAAUGUGAUGGUAAUCAGGAGUUAGGUAGAUAACCACUUGUGAAUUGUGGGGAUACCGGCGCGUCAAGUGCGGGCAAACUGUCGGAUCGUGAACUGCGGCGAGAUAGCGGUGUAAGGUGAAUAUGUCGUAUUUCAGUGAGUGUUGCUAGUUUCACCGUUCUGACUGCGCCGCGUGUUGACGAGUGGAUUUGCAACUUGAGAGGUGCUGCUCGAGAUGUCGUCCACGCUGAUUUUAUACGUUUUGUAAUGGUUUAGUACCACGCUGCUAUUGUUGUUGUUUUUUUUUUUGGUGUGUCGAUUGAUUAUGUGCCCAAAUUUGUGAUAAAGCUGUUAAAGAAAUAAAUUGAUCAUCUUACA